AUGCUUCCCUUAGGCCUGCUAACAGCCGCCCAAGGCCAUCCCAUGCUCGUCGAGCUUAAAAAUGGCGAAACCCUCAAUGGCCAUCUCGUUAAUUGCGACAAUUGGAUGAACCUGAUCCUCAAAGAAGUCGUCCAGACAAGUCCCGAAGGUGACCGCUUUUUCAGAUUGCCCGAGGUUUAUGUGAGAGGCAAUAAUAUCAAAUACUUACGAGUCCCCGAAGAAGUCGUCGAUCUGGCAAAGGACCAGCAACAGAAUCAAUCCUCGAAUCGGACCCGUGGUAGCCAGCAGCAUCGUGGGGAUGGUGGGAGGAUAGAUCGCGCGAGGGGUGGGGGUCGAGGUGGAAGGGGGCGUGGAAGAGGACGGGGUGGCAGCUAA